AGAAAAGAUCGAAGGUUGUGACCAAAGGAAGAACAAGUUGCGGACAAGAGGUGGGAGAAGACAAUCUCUGAUCCAGCUUCGAUCUCUCCCUUCCUCGACGAGAAAAAAAUGUCGAUAAACAUGAAGACGCUGACGCAGGCGUUGGCUAAGACGGCGGCGGUGAUCGAGAAGACCGUUCAGACGACGGUGCAGGAGGUCACCGGCCCCAGGCCUCUCCAGGAUUACGAGCUCCUCGAUCAGAUCGGCUCCGCGGGCCCAGGUCUCGCCUGGAAGCUCUACUCUGCGAAGGCGGUCGGCUCCACGCGAUCUCAGCAGUACCCCACCGUCUGCGUCUGGGUUCUCGACAAGCGCUCCUUGUCGGAGGCUCGUGUCCGCGCGGGCCUUUCCAAGGCCGCCGAGGAUGCAUUCCUCGAUCUCAUUCGUGCCGAUGCUGCCAAGAUGGUGCGCCUCAGGCACCCCGGUGUCGUCCACGUCGUCCAGGCCCUCGAUGAGAACAAGAACGCCAUGGCUAUGGUUACCGAGCCUCUCUUCGCCUCCGUCGCUAACGCCCUUGGGAAACUCGAGAAUGUCGCUAAGAUCCCUAAGGAUCUCCAAUCCAUGGAGAUGAGCUUGUUGGAGGUGAAGCACGGUCUGCUCCAGGUUGCUGAAACAUUGAACUUUCUCCAUAAUAAUGCUCGUCUCAUCCAUCGUGCUAUAUCUCCCGAGAAUGUUCUUGUUACUUCGACCGGGUCUUGGAAGCUUGCGGGGUUUUGCUUCGCUAUUUCGGCAGAUCAGUCCGGCAAUCUAGAUAAUAUGCAAGCAUUUCAUUAUGCUGAAUACGAUGUGGAGGACUCAGUACUGCCUCUUCAACCAUCUCUAAAUUACACUGCACCUGAGUUGGUUCGAAACAAAACUUCUUCAGUUGGAGCUUCUUCUGACAUUUUUAGUUUCGGAUGCAUUGCUUAUCAUUUAAUUGCACGGAAGCCAUUGUUAGACUGCCAUAACAACGUCAAAAUGUACAUGAAUACACUGAACUAUUUAACAAAUGACUCUUUCUCAUCUAUACCCUUGGACUUAGUCUCUGAUUUGCAAAGGAUGGUAUCAGUGAACGAGUCCUUUAGACCAACUGCAGUGGAUUUUACAGGGUCUCCAUUUUUUCGAAGUGAUACUAGAUUGCGCGCCCUCCGUUUCCUUGAUCAUAUGCUUGAAAGGGACAACAUGCAGAAGUCUGAGUUCUUAAAAGCUUUGUCAGAUAUGUGGAAAGAUUUUGAUUCCCGUGUGCUGCGAUAUAAGGUGCUUCCUCCCCUUUGUGCCGAACUUAGGAAUUUGGUUAUGCAAUCCAUGAUACUGCCCAUGGUUCUAACAAUAGCAGAGACUCAGGAUAAAAAUGACUUUGAGUUGAUAACACUCCCAGCUCUUGUUCCUGUCCUGAGUACUGCCUCUGGAGAUACUUUAUUGCUGCUUGUAAAGCAUGCGGAACUUAUUAUGAACAAGACUAGCCCAGAACAGCUCGUAUCACAUGUCCUACCUUUGCUUCUCCGAGCCUACAAUGAUAAUGAUGUUCGUAUACAAGAGGAAGUUCUGAAAAGAUCCACAUCUGUAUCUAAGCAAUUCGAUGGUCAGGUCGUGAAGCAAACAAUUUUGCCUCGUGUUCAUGGAUUGGCUCUCAAAACUACAGUUGCCGCAGUGAGAGUAAAUGCUUUACUCUGCUUAGCAGAGCUGGUUAACACGCUUGAUAAACACUCUGUUCUUGAAAUCCUGCAAACAAUUCAACGAUGUACUGCCGUUGAUCGUUCUGCACCUACCCUUAUGUGCACUCUUGCUGUCGCAAACGCAAUCCUCAAGCAGUAUGGAGUUGAAUUCACCACAGAACAUGUGCUUCCCCUGAUAAUGCCUCUGCUCACUGCCCAGCAAUUGAAUGCCCAGCAGUUUGCCAAAUAUAUGCUAUUUGUCAAGGAUCUCCUCAGGAAAAUAGAGGAAAAAAGAGGGGUUAGAGUGAAUGAUUCUGGAAUUCCCGAGGUAAAAUCGGCCCCUUUUGCCAAUGGAAACCAGUAUCAAGUGUCAAGCCAAACAAGUGAGAAGGUCGCUUCUGCUGCCAAGAGCAGCCAUACAUGGGAUGAAGACUGGGGUCCCCUGAGGAGGGACCUCACUUCGAGAAAUUCUGCAGCUGUUCAUCACGAUGUGAACCCUAAGUUUAACUUAUCUACAGUUCAAUCACAGUCAUCAAUCACAUCAAAUUUACCCAACAGGACAACAACAGCAAUGCCGUGCCCUGCAGUUGACAUAGAGUGGCCUCCAAGACAGUCUUCCAAUGUCACUGCUCAGCCAGGCAAUGACGAGACACGACUAAAUGCAGCAGGAUCAUCUGCUGGAGGUUUUGACGACUUGGAGCCAUUGGCUGAUUGGCCACAGCGGUCGAAUGGUUCUUCUUCUGGUUCUGGUAAACUCAUCCAUGGCACCGCUCCUGUGAGCAACAACAGUGUUUCUGGUUUGAACAACAAUGUAACAGAUAAUACGACACAGUUCCAGACAGCUAACAGUGAUAUAUGGGCUUUUGCGAAUGCCUCUCUGGCAGUGGCAUUAAAACCGCAGCAGCAGCAGCAGGGGGGUUCAGUUCCCAGUACAAACCAUUCAGGCCCUAUGAACUCUCUUGGGGCAGGAAUUUUGUCUUUUGGCAAUGUUUCAUACGGUAAACCAAAUCCUGCAGAUAUCAGUUCUAUAUUCGGUUCUAGCAAAAACGAGCAAUCAGCACCAAAGCUCGCGCCUCCACCUGAAGUAGCAGUGGGAACUGGAAGAGGAAGAGGAAGAGGAAGAAGCGGCACAUCUAUCGCAAAGUUGAGUGGUUCCAAGCAACAAGCAGAACAACCACCACCUCUUUUGGAUCUAUUGUGAUUGAGAAGAAGACAUUGGCUUUGUGUAAGAUUUAAACAUAGAAGUGCUCAUUUCUUUGUUUUGUUUGGCUUGAAAACUGUGUAAAUCUUGCUUUUCUCUUCACGUUUACGUCUUUAUAUUCUUUUUGGGAUGGAAGAUGAUGUAUUCUUCUAGACGUUAACGCGACGAUAGCUGAAUCCUGGAUAAUGUAAACUUUAGUGUUUUCAUUUUUUUUCCAA